AUGAUGCAAAUCGGAUGGACAACGGCGGAUACGACUGCUUCAUUACAAGGCAUCUACCUGAUCCAUGCCUUCAUGAUCACAUUGGUCGGAACAGCGAUGAAUGUGUUUGUUAUCUAUAGAAUGCGACGGCUGUAUAAUCGAAAUCCAGAGCAGGUAGGGAUUUUUAAAAAUCCUUUUUUGGCAAAAAAAAUUUUUUUUUUAAAAAAAGUUUUAAGUUUUUAAAUUUUUUUUAUUUUUUCAACUUCAAUAGAUUAAAACUGCCGCCAAAACAAUUAUUAUGACAUUCCAAGUGUGGCUCUUGACUUUCAAAAGUCAUUUUUUAAUUUUUCGAAAUUUAUCAUUAAUUAGCGAGCAAUUAGUAUUUAUUUCCUUAACUAAUCGCUAUUUAAAUUGAGGUAGAAAUAGAAGCCAUUUUGCAUUUUUUGUUGCAAAAUUAAUUUGCAAAACAAUUGUAAUAUCUUUUUUUGAAAAUUAGUUAUGAUUUGCAUUAUUAGGUGGUUAAUUUGGCUAUUUUUGGAAGGUGGGUUUGUAGAAAAGGAGAAAAGAAGGGAGGGGGUAUUUUGAUGACUAAAAAUGUAAAGCAGGGUAGGGUAGAGUAAGGUACGGAGGGUAGGGCACAGCAGGUCACAGUAAGAUGAAGUAAGGUAAUGUAGAUUAGUGUACUGUAAGGUAGAGCAAAAUAGGGUAGGGCAGAGCAGAGUAAGGUAAAAAUUUUUUUUUUUAAAUUGAGCUUGGCCCCCCUGUGGAUUUUUUUAAAAAUUUUUGAAGUUUUUUUAUGUUGCCUCUACUUUUAAGGUGCUUUUACAUUUUAAAAAAAACUUCCUAAAGCACAUCCUUAACUUCAAAAGCCCAAAACUAACAAAAAAUGCUAAAAAUACCCUGCCAAUGCAUACUAAAAUACCCUUUUAACUUAUACUAAAAUACCCAUGCCAACGUCCGCUAAUCCUAAUUGCAAAUUUCCGUAACCUUUAACAAAUUAACCCGUACGUAAAGAGAAUGUAAAGCAGUAUAUCAAUUAGCGCUCCUAAAAUUAUCUCUUAUCUGGUGUUAAUCUUUCAUCCACUACCUGGUAUCCCCUUUGUUUCACUGUUUUUGGUUAAUUGCAGCUAUUGCAUGAUGUGGAAGAUAAUUGAAUUUUGUUCGAGAAGAAUUUCACAAUUAGAGUAAACGUAUAGUGAAGGACUUAGAUAAAUGUAUAGUGAAUGACUUUGUUUUUGAAAAAAAGUGUUCUGCUAGCUGUAAUUCACUAUAUUUGACAUUAUAAUGAGUUAUAAUUGGGGUGACUGCAAUCUUUGUGUUUUAGUAUUUUUGUGAAUGUAAAUUAGUAACAAGGCUUUUUUUGUAAUUACCUUGCCUUGCACAAAGCAUCAGUCUUAACCAAAAAAAAGGUUUCACAUUUCAAAAAACCUGAAAAAUUUUAAAAAAUUUCACAGGAGGGACCACGUUCAAUUCGAAAAAAAAAAUUUUUAAUAAUUGGCACAUUCACUCUUGGUAUAACUGUAAACACAAGGCUAUUAUCCGCCACAUGUUUGGGAAGUAGUACGGAUUAAAAAUGGCACGUGUUUACACUUAUCCAACUGUACAUUCAUGGAUAAUAUAAGGCUUAUAAGCGGUAGUAGUUUAAUUGAGGAUAUAAAUACGUAAGACUUAUUACUAUUGGUACUACUAUAAGAUGUAGUACUAUAAUAAAUACUAAUUUCUUAAGUAUAGGUACUGAUUUAACUUAUGUAUACAGUACGAAAUAUUGGUAUUACUGGUAGUACUGUAGAGCAUCCAAAAUCUCAAAAACUUGAAAAUGAUGACUAAAGCAAGCUUCCAUAUUUAAAACAAUACUAUUUCAGUACCGCAAUGGAAUCGGAAUCUGUCUGUUCGUAAUGUCAGUAGCCGACCUCGUAUCACUAGCUUCCCUUAUCACCCACUUCACCACAGCCAACUUAGUAUCAAUUCUACCAACAUCUCUAUUAAAAGUACUAUGUCCUCUAAUAUCCUUCAUCGCCCACACCGCCUACACCCAGUCAAUGUGGUGCUGGUGGCUAAUGUCAGCUCUACGUUACCUAGCCACACGUCGUCCUCUACAGUACACCACACUAUGGCGAUUACCAUGUAUGGUAAUGGGCAUUACUUUCGUCAUGAUUUCAUUGUUCAACUCAUUUUUAAUCGCUACAGUAAGAUACGAUGUUGAUACCAACUCAUGCUACCAAGAUUACACUCCAACAGCUCGUGCUCAUCGUAUUGCCGAUGUUGUGUUGAGCUUCUUCGUGCCAACGAUACUGGUUUUGUAUAUGGAUUUGAGUGUACUGUGUUGUAGGAUCCAGUCUAGACUGGCCGAUCCUAUGUUGCAAAUUGUGAUUAAUCGACCAGCAGCAGAGAAGGUACGUAAAAUGAGUGUAAGUAUUUUGUGAUUGUUCUGUUGCUUGAAGUGUCAUAGUCUUGUAGGACGUGUUUUGUCAUUGUACUAACCCUACCGUGCUUUACAGUAUCUUCUUUUACUUUAUCGUGCGCUAACUUAAACCAUCGUACUAUUCCGUACCUUACUGUACCUUAUCUUACUUUACAUAAGCGUAUCGUAGCUUACCGUAACUUACCGUGCCUUAAGUCUCUCUAACUUACCAUAUCUUACCCUAUCUUACCAUUACUUGCCUUACAGUACCUUAUCGUACUUUACCUUACUCUAACUUACCUUACCGUACCUUGACUUACCCUAGCUUACUCUACUUCUGCUUACCAUACCCCACUGUACCCUGGUGUACCCUACAUUGUCCUACCCUUAUCUUCCUUACCUUACCUUACACUACGUUAGUCUACCUUAGCUUAUCGUACCGUACUCUACCUCCAAAAACUCACUAUCAUAUUACAAUAUCCAGCCUUAUCCUAACCUUCUCAUCACUUCCUUAAACAUUUUCAGUCACUUAUGAUAUCAACACUAUCUCCACUUAAGUAUUGUCAUAUCACUAAUCACCCCCAUCUCAUUAAUCGCCAAUUACCCACUCUAAUCCAAUUGUCAUUUCAGAGAAAGUCGUUGCACCGCUUCCUUGUGAUCACUGGCUCUUGCAUCCUUCUCAAUUUCCCGGAAAAUUUCUUGCGUUUCGGAGUUGCCGUAGGGCUUCCAUUCGUGCAGCCGGCUGUGUUUCCUGCCGCUUUGGCUGUGUUAACUAAAGCUCUCUACUUUGCCCAGGUAUGUUGAGUAUGGGGCUUGCUUUGGGGUAUAUAUGAUGAGUUUUAUUGGGUGUACGCGCUUUUUUUGUUGGUAGUACUAAGAGUCAGAUACAGAUUGUUGUACUGAUAGUGAUAGGACUGCUAAAGGGACUUUCAUAUAACAAUUACUAGGGUCAGUAUAACUGAUAUAGUGAUAGUACUAAUGAUAGUACAAACUGUGUUAUCACUAAUACUCAAGCACUUCCAAAAUCUAUGCAAAAACACUUAACAUUGAGUACAAGGAACAACAGAUUUAGUAUUAGGACCCAUGUUAAAUUGACAAUCUGUCUAGUGGCUAAUUACUUGUCAUAAUCUUGUUCCUAAUCUUGUUAUUGGAAUGUUUGACUAAAACGUUCUGUAUAUUUCUCCUUCGGUCUGGGGGAUCGUUCUUGGGAGAUCUUAAAAUAUGGAACUUAAAAAUUUUUUUUUGGAAAAGCUGAGCUUGGUCCCGCCUAUUGAACUGAAAUUUCAAAAUGAAUUCAAAACUCAAUAAAGCCACCUAAAACAACCUUACUAACCCACUAAAUUUCAGUUUGCCUUCAAAUCCUUCUACCUAACCACCUUCGUCUACGACCGGUCGGUGCUCUCCAAAACCAACAGCUCAAGACAACUGAGUAUCAGCUUCAGACAACGCUUGGAAGAGUCUCAACAUUUGAUCCGAGAACGAUCAUCUACCAUCUCUUAUCGUGCCACUACGCCCGUUCCUCAAUUGGCUAGGAAUUCCAGCUGUCACGCGUUGAAUGAGCUUAUUCCUGAUAGGGUUUUGGUUUGA